AUGGCAGAUAUAGGCGAACCGCACGAUCAGGAGUAUGCAAGUCACCCGUGGCGGCCACUUGGAAGUGAACGUUGGAACCAGAGCCUUUCUCCAAUAGAGAAGGAUACUCCAAAGCCGCCGGGCGCCGCAGAGGAAGCCGGCCAAACAUACUGGCGGAACUUCCUCCAAACUCCAAGCUCCAUUGCCCAACUCAGUCCCGAAGCGCUGGAUGAAACCGCACAGAGCGAGGCCGUCGUCGCGUCUAACGGUGCUUUGGGGACAGUUGAGUCUCGACAGGAAGGCGAUACCGCCGCCGACCUUGUCCAUGGGGCAAACAGCGUCGCCGCCUCCAGUGCAAGGCGCAGCAACGCACCGCAUCCGCGCAAAAGCGCAGAGAACAUAGGCGAGGAGUCCAUUGAGAAUGGUGUUUCGUCCGAGCUCUCCCGCACAUGCAGCACUUUGGAAGAUAACGCUUCGGGAUCUCGGGAGAAAGCCCUGGAGGGCCUCGGCAGCCCGCAUACCCGGCGAACGGGAACACGCGGAGACUUUGCACCGUCGAUGCGAACGCUCCUAGACGCUGGUGUCGAGCGGACUCCCAGGCCGAGCUCGCCACCGACGCCACCGUCGCCGACGACGCCGCACCUUGCUAUGCGGCAUAUGCAGCAGGAAAUUGAGCGGCUCAAGAAGCAAAACUUUAACUUGAAAUUGCGAAUAUAUUUUCUGGAAGAAGCCUUAGCUGCCGCUGGCAUAGACUAUAGAGCGAUUGAUGGGACGGCGCCCACCGGCGCGAGAAAACUGAACGACGAUAGUACUGUUUCGCAGUGUGGAGCAAUCGACUUUGAUUUCGAUUCUAUUCGACUAGAAUUGGAGGCGAAAGAAGAGCGCCUGCGUAGUCUGCAGGCAGAGCUCGAAGAGAGGCUAGCCGAUCUUGAGGAGCGAGAUGAAUUGCUUCAAACGGCCCGAGAGGCUAUUAUGGGCCUUCAAGAGGCGCUCCAGGACGCACAAGCGCGAAUUCAACGUGCCGAAGAACAGGCAUUGGAAGCGGCCAAGAAGAGCUCCGCAAGCGGUGAAGCACUACCGUCGCCACCCCCGCAAGCAGGCGAUUGCCAGACGCCUACACCCGUGAAUCUUGACGCCGCAAUUCGAGAAGCGCUAGCGUCCACUGAGGCGGCGUUCCGUGAAGAGAUCCAAAGGCUGGAAGAGCAGAUACGUAUCCGUGACGAACAGAUUCGAGAUCUCGAGCAGGAGAUCUGCAGCGUUCGCGACAGCAAGGACGAAGAGAUUCGAGGCCUUCAAGAGGAAUUGCAAGCUGCCAUUCAUGAGCGCGAAAAGGGAAUCGACGUUGGACAUGUGCCCGCGGAUGCGAGCCACGUCGUCGAGCGAGAGCAACGAAGUGCCCUCGAGUCACAUCUCGCUGAGGCGGAAAAACGUAUUGAACAGCUCAGUUUAGAAGCGAAGCAUUAUCAAAGCCUUCUGAAAGAAUCCGAUGAACAGAGAACUAUGCUUCAACGAGCUCUUGAAAAAGCCACGACGCAUGCAGCUCGCGAGCCCGCCGUGCAAACCGAGCUGCAGGAACGGCUGACUGCAGCACAAAAGGAGCGCGACGCCCUCGCAUCGGCACUCGAAGCUGUUCGGACCGAGCAGGCCACCUCGAACGAACGAGUUGCUGCCGCGGAGGAUGCAUGCCGCCACGCUGAGCAACGAUGCCGCGAGCUGGAGUCUACCCUGACCAGGACGACCAGUGACGCGAUGGAGCGUGUGCGCCGCCUAGUGGAGGCCCAUGAGAAGGAGCGCGAGCACUGGCAGUUAACAGAGGAGCAGCUGCGGCACAGGGAGUCUGCGGAGCGCGAGGAGCUCCAUCACGCGCAAAAAACGUUGAAAGAGACACAAGAGAAACUCGCGGCAGAAUGCCGCAGUCACGCUCAGUUGAGUCUCGAGCACGCGCAAGCGCUCGGCCACAUCGAACACCUGCAGGCGCGCCUAGAAGCAGGCGAUUCCGAACUGGACGCCCUGCAGGCGCGACUCAAGAGCAUAGAACUGGAAAGCCAACGACAACAGGAGGAACUGGAAUUGUGCCAGAGCGAACGCGAUGAGCUUGCCGAGAAACUCCACGAAGCCAUCAGGCGUAUUGCUACUUUGGAGCGGGAGCUGCAAGCAAAAGCUCCAGCCGGUGAACACAGCACUGCUGCGACGGAAGCAAACGUGAAGAAACCGGAAACUGGAAAUUACUUGUCUCACAGCAGCGGAUAUGAAACAUUGAAAGCGGCAUCCGCUCCUCCCAGUACUGAGGAAAACGAACGCAACACCACUCGCGCCGCAGAAUCGCAUGCGGCCGCCGUUCAGGCUGAGCGAGAGCCGCAAGACCAGCAUGUCGAGCGACUGCGCGCCGAGUUCAUGCAUUACCAGAGCCGCUGUCGCUCGCUCGAAGAAAUGAUCGCAGAUCGCGACCGUCACAUUCAUCAGUUGUGUAUGGAGCUCAGCCAGUCGAUCACUCGUGAGCAGCAGCUCCAGGACCAGAUUCGCGAAGUGACAAUGCGAACGGCCAACGCUCGACCGCCGCUGAGCGCCCCAGCGGCAACCGCCACUCCAUCAGCGGGAAAUGGUGCAGGUGGUCGCAAAGCAGCUGACGGUGCACCAGCGUCGACGGACGUGCUCCACUGGGAUGCCAUUCAUCGAGACAUUCGGACGCUCCAUGAGGAUAUUCGCUUCUGGCGCGAGGAGGUGCGCCACUUUUGCGAACAAUUGGUCAGUCUGCAGCGCUUCCAGGGCCCGCGCCCAGAAGCUUCCGUUCCGCCUCCCACGUCGACACCUGAGCCGCACCUGGAGAAGAAAGCACCACCGGCACUUGGAGAAACACCUCCAAAGCCCGCACAAAACUCCUGGGAGAGGACGCUACACGGUUUGGAACAGCGUAUUGAACGGGUGAUGCGAACUGUAGACCGACUUGCGCAAGUUCGCGGGCGCGAUGCGGCCUCUGAACCAGGAUCCCCGUGCGCCCCGGAAGCAACGCAAGCGGUACCUGACGAGGUUCCGCAGCCAGCGCCACCGUCGCGGAGCCAGGCUGUCGCGGCAAAGCCCCCGGCAGCGGCUCAAGCCUCGCGACAAAAGACCGAGACUCGACGGCGGCCAAAGCAUCACGAUCACGAUGCGUCCGCGUGGCGUGCCGAAGAGCUGGACACCGAUGAGCCGUCCAUAGCAUUGGACCAAGUGCCUGAUGACCUGCAAGUAAGUCGAGAGAUGAUCCAUUUUAUGCGCACCAGGCAUCAUCGACGGCGCGUCGAGGCACCGGAACCCGCUGUGCAGCCCGUAUCCGCUCCGAAGCAGAACGAUGCUAUCGCACCAACGCAGAACAAACUCUCGAAACAGGCGUGGCAAGACGCUAUACUGCGUCAGGUAGAAGAGACACAGCGCGUUAUAGCGGCCACCCAGAAGCGCCUGGAGCGCGAGCGCGCCGCCUUUCUACGACGUACCCACACGCAGUCCGCAGCUCGCACCACUGACGACUUGUUCAGCGCCUAA